UGUUCUAACUUCUAGAUGACAUAUAUGAUAGCUUUGCGUGACAUAAUCGGUAAAUAUACUGUGUACCACUGUCAAUACAGUGCUAAUCGUGCUUCGAAGGCGCUUACAAGAACUAGAAAGCAAGCGUUUGAGAAACGUGAUUUGACCUUGAUUGAAUCGGUAGCUGACAAAAUGGAUAAAGUCGUGAAAUUUACGGCUUUUGUAGCAAAGAAGGCAUUUCCUAACUUGGAAAAAAAUCUUUACAACACUUCAAAUUUCCGUAAAUAUGGUUUAAUGAUUGAUGACAUGAUUCGUAUGGAUACUGACGAAACAAAAGAGGCCAAAUCUAGAUUGUCAACAGAUCUUGCCGCAGAGAGACAGUUUAGAAUAUCACGAGCUAUGACUCUCAAUGCCAGCAAUCAAUUUCUACCAAAGGAGGAAUGGAUGACUCCAGAGAAGGAUGUUCCUUACCUUAGAGACCUUAUUAGAGAAGUUCAAGCGGAGAAAAGAGAACGACUUGAAUAUGAAGCCGAGUUUUAUUCUUUCAAAUCUGGACAAGCUAAAGAGGAUUGUUGAUGUGUCAUUUAAAUUAAAGAACAAUAUUUUAGCAAGAUUUAACGUUCUAGAGAAAAAGACAAUAUUUAGAAAGAUCUAGUUUUAAAAAUUAAUAUUCAGCAGAUAAGGAAAAUUUAUUAAUUGCAUUCGGUUAGAAGUGAGAAACAAAGAGUUUAUUUGAUUGAUAGAUUGUUACCAUUGAAUAUUCAAGUAGAUUUUUUCGUAUUUUUAUUUCUUUUUUUUUUCUGUAAUUUGAGUAAUUUAUUUCGAUGUUCAAGGUGAUAAUUUAAAUUAUGACGGUUAUAUAUGUUACUUAAAUAAUAAAAGUAAACUUAUA